UUUCUUUUUGCACCAACGAUUGAGACGUGCAAUUGCCUAUCCCUGGGCGAUGAACUCUUAGACUGCAAGUGGGACGGGAAAGCCGCGCGUUCCUGUAAACAGCUGGACUAAGCCUUGGUGCAUCCUUUGAUGGCUUUUCCCCUCUUCGCUAAGUGUAGUCGCCCGUUUUUGCGGGGAAGUCUCGUUGCGCUUUGAUAUAUAUCUCAUGCCAUUCCCUUAGCAUAUUGAUAUCUGCCGCUCGUGUGAGCGGCUUUGGAGUCGUCGACGUCGUUGAGCUAGGGAUUCAGGUCGUCGUAUUCUCAAUUGCUUCGAGAGGAGCUGAGAAAGCCCAUCAAGAACCGUAACCAUGUACUUUCGAAUCGCGCUGUUUACGCGAUUAUGCGCCGUCGUUUUUUUCUACGUGAAUGUCUUUGCGCGCGCUUCAAUGGCUGUUGGAAACAAUGGGCAGGCUUCACUUGGACAACGUAAACCGGCCUACGAGUCCGGAAACCAGCACAUCCUCCACCCAAUCCCCUCCGAAGCUCUCUCCCACACGCCUUCAAUCGACCAUGCAUCGCCCACGCCUUCCCCCACCGACGCAACCACCAUGCUACAAGCCCUCCACGACGCCCUCUCAACCCUCCAAACGCACUACUUCGCCCUCUGGCUCGGCAAGUACACCACAGCCAUAGACUGGACCGCAGCCGUAACCUCGACCCACCUCUCAGCCACACUCUCAACACUCUCCCGCUCCCUCCCCUACACCCUCCCCAGCACCUUGAACGCCACGCACCCCCUCGACCUCAAAGCACAAACGCUCGAAAACGAAAUAAACCGCUACUUCGCGCACUCCACAGCCUACUACUUCGGCGAAGACCAUCUCGCGCUGCGCAUGGAAGCCUACGACGACAUGUUCUGGGUCGUCCUCGGCUGGCUGCAAAGCAUACAAAUGAUCAACACCCACGAUGCCGCGCACUACGCCGGCCCAGCCUGGCACGCAAACCAAUGGACGCCCACAUUCGCACACCGCGCGCGCGUCUUCUACGACCUCGCGUCCGCGGGCUGGGACUGGCAUCUGUGCGGCGGGGGUAUGACGUGGAACCCGCACGCGCUGCCGUACAAGAACGCUAUUACGAACCAACUCUUCAUCUCGGCGUCUGUGGCUAUGUACUUGUAUUUCCCGGGGGAUGGGAAUUGCUCGCCCUUCCUCUCCGCCUCUGAUGACUGCCAGGCACCAGCCCGCGACCCCGCACACCUCGCCAGCGCAGUGAACGCAUACACCUGGCUGAACGCAAGCGGCAUGAUAAACGCAGCAGGGCUCUACACAGACGGCUUCCAUAUCCGCGACUACCCCUCGCAUACGGUCUGCAACGAGCGCAACGAGAACGUGUACACGUAUAAUCAGGGCGUCAUACUCUCGGGGCUGCGGGAUUUGUAUCUCGCUACAUCCCAAACUUCCUACCUUGAAGACGGGCACAAGCUGGUGCGCAACGUGCUGCGCGCUACGGGGUGGCACACACACGACCACAGCCUAGGCGCAAACGGCAUCCUGGAGGAAGGUUGUGAUUCCCGCGGGAUGUGCUCGCAGAACGGACAGGCGUUUAAGGGGAUUUUCUUCCACCAUUUAACUGCGUUUUGCACCCCGUUGACGCACGGUUCGGCGAUGGCACUGCAUAGACGGAGUUGUGAGGAGUACACGGAUUGGGUUGUGCAUAAUGCGCGUGCAGCGUUGGGGACGCGCGAUAAACAGGGGAGGUUUGGCGCGUGGUGGGGCGCU